AUGACAACAACAUAUUCAAUACAUCCUCCGGGGGCAACAGCAUCAAGAGGACUUCUGUCUCAUCAUCAUCAUCAUCAUUCCCACUCACCGCAUCAGCAACAUCGACGUCACCAGCCAUCACCCCUCGAUUCCAUCCGCACUACUGCAACGAUCAUAACACCAUUAUCUUUGCAGCGUAUUGUUAACGGUACUGACGGUAUUGCUGCUACCGCAACUCCACCUGCUACUAUUGGGGUUAUCCCACCACCGCCACCACCACUACCACUUCCGUUCGACACUGGUGCUGCACCGAAUCCUGCUAUCGCUGCCCUGAACGGUACGAUCUGUAGGCCAUCCUCAUCGGACUGUGGUGGCUCAUCAUCCGGUCUUGGUGGUAUGACUAAAACCGAUAUCAUAUCAUCCGACGAAUCAUCGCUGGCCAGGACUGUAGGAUUAGUUUGUCAGGAUAAAAAUAAAGAUAGUAGUCAGUUGUGA